CGGUUGGCGGUCAUGGAAGCGCGCCCGCGCCUUUCUAACUCCAGCGCAAUUACGCCUCCGUCAUAAAUUAUCGAGACAUUUAAUAUUUGAAGUUAGAAAGCGUCAAGACCGUGUGGCAAACGACAGUCCCAACUGCCCGAUGCAGUCAUAUAUUGUCAAUGACCAAUCUAGCUGAGCGUCCAAGCAACCCAGAAUGAAGCGCCGACGUGAAGAGAACUGUUGCAACCGCUGAGUGAUGUGAUUGGAGCGUAUUACCAUGUCUACGCUAGAAUACCGAGACUCUCCGCACCGAUCACCGCAGGAGACGCUUUACGAGUACUGCUGGUGUCGUAAUGUCGCCAAAGAAGUGCACAGCUUGAAAAGCGCAUGCUGCGACGCGCUCGUUCGAGAUGCCUGUGUCCUGCUUCGCGUCCUGCCAUCCCUGCCAGUCACUUUCAUUCCCAAUCUUCUUGCGAGAGCCGUGGAAGAUGGACGGGAUAGGGCUGCGCAACUUUUGGUCUCUUUUUGGCCCGAUAGCUCGCUCGAUCUGCCGGCCGUUGUCGGUGGGACCUGUCCUAUAAUUCACCACCCAAAGCGCGUUGUGGCGACGACAGCUAUCGUGCGUGCUUUUGUAGAGCUUUCACUGAAAGGAGACAAAGAUGAUCUGUGCUCUCUGAACGUCACAGGUUUCCAGGUGGGUCCUGAGCUGUUGGAAUUUGUCGAGCGUAAGAUGGCUGUCUUCUCGAGGAAGGAGACUUGGACCAGUCCGCGCCGUCUAAUGUGCGACUUCUUCAUUGGUGAACCGCACUCGUUUGAUGUCUUCACCUCCCUUUUGCGGCACCGACUGAGCAAGAAGGUGCUGCUGUUUGAAAUUCGCAACCUGGAGGUCGAAGGCGUCGGUGAAACGAGGCUGCUGCAGCUCCUUGAAAUGCUCGACUCGGACGCGCUCACCGGGCUCAGCGUGGCGUACAACUCGCUUCAGAAUCAAGGGUUGCUGCGGAUAUCGGAACAGCUUCGGCGCUUCCGUGGGCUCAUCGCACUCGAUCUAUCGUCCAAUGGCGUACGCCGAGGAGACGUAAGGCACUACGACUACCUUUCGGACACCGUUCGUGUUAUGCCUCAGCUCCGGCGACUCAACAUCAAAAGCUGUCGCAUCGGUGGCUACUUGAACACGCUUCUGGCUCGCUGCUCGCGAGAGAUCACUCACUUGGACCUGAGCGCUUGCGGCCUGCGACAACAGGACCUCAGGGUUAUUGGCCACUUUCACAAUCUUACGAGUCUGUUGCUGUCGGACAACAACUUCUUCAACAUGGUUGCAGAACUGAUUAGCGUGCUGCUUGUGUUAGAACGCCUGCAAGUUAUGCAUCUGUCCAACUGCGAACUUCGAGCGGACGGCUUUAGUGUUCUAUGGGAGUCACUGAGGGUUUCAGGCAGCCAUUUGCGCUCGCUCGACCUUACAUGGAACAAACUCUCAGAGGACAACCUUGCAGUAAUUGUAGGUGACGUUGAAGCUGGUUGGCUGCCUCAUUUAGUUCAUUUGUUGCUUCCUAUUCCAAGCAAUCCUAGCCCUGCCUACUUUGAGCUUAUCAAGCGCUUGGAAGCAGUGAACCCACACCUUAAGGUGCAACCUGACCUAGUCUGAGAUAUCUUGCUCAUAUAUGUAGUAGUGUGUAGCAUUUUGCAAGAGCAAAUGGACAACACAUUUGCUACUUUCUAAGCACUAGUGUGCUGAUGUGAUAGUAGUGAUCAUCACCGAAACCUGAGGCUUGCAGUUACAUUUCGAAUCCAAUCUUUCUGGAUUGCCUGAAACAAGACAUACUGGUCCUCACCACUAAAUGGCAAUCCACCCUUGAAAGCUCUAUGCACUAUGAAGAUUAGUUUAUCUGUUCUUUCCAUGUUGCAUUAAUGCCUCUGUUGUUGCAUUUUCUCUGGCUGCAAAAGUUCAUUGCUGGCUAAGCUUACAAGCAGGGUGAUUUAAAAUACUGCUUCCACCAUAUUCAUAGUGCAUUGCUGAGCAGCAAUCUUUCUAGUUUGGUGUUUACCAAGAGAAGAAGUUAUUUUUCCUGUUUUUCAAGCACUAGUAAAUCAACUUGUUUUAUUAUGGAAACUAAACUCCAAAAAUAAAUUAUACUUAAAGAAAUUAUAUAAAUAUUGAAGUAAUUUUUUAUAUUUGCUGCAUAUUCAAGGCAUAUAACUUUUCUGAACAUUCUAUUACGUGCUAUUACGCAAAUUUGAAUGGUACAGGUUCAUUAUGUUCCUGCUGGUGGUCACAGUGUGGGAUUUAGCCAUAAAGUGCAUAACUCACUAAAAUCUGCUAGCCCUUUCAUUUUUGCAUUUAGAGUGUCCACUUAUUUUAGAAAUUUGAACAUUUUGUAUACUAGCAAAUACAUUUUGUUGGAUUUUCCUACAAAGCACAUCUUUCAAAAUAAUCACCCUCAAAUUCACAUUACUCUUCAUUCUUUCUGCAGCUGGAACAGUGCAAAGCUUGCCCCACAUUCUUUGUGUAUUGCACACCACUUUAUGAUACAGCUGAUUACAGUACCUGUGUGUUCAGCAAAAACAAUUUGAAAGCAUGGGAAUUGAAGCUUGGAGGCAUUGAUACCAAGGAAGAACAAGGCUUUUUUUUAUGUUACCUUCAUGCAGAUUCAUUGGCCUGUGUUGGAAGGAGAUGGUAGAAAGUUCUUGUUGGUAUUUUUAUUGUCGAUACACUGGCUUUUUCAUACUUCUUAAAUUAAAAGUUUAUGUUGCAUGUAGCAUUUAUAUAUCAUAUCGGAUAUGUAAUGCAUGCUUACAGUAAACAGGAAAACUAUUUUGAAACAAUAUAGUUGAGUAACGUACAAAAAGAUUUAAACUUGAAGUAAGAGACAUCCUCCAAUACACUGCAGUAUUGUUAAUAUUACUAGUGUCACAUUUCCAUUUCAGUACAUUUGCAAAGAGGAGAAAACGUUCUACAAGAAAGUAUUCUAAGCAAUGGUUUUGUGUACAACAAAUAAAGAUUGAGAUUAAUACAAUCAGGCUAUGCAAAUUCUAACAGAUUAAAAUAAAUUAGAAAAUGGCCUCAUUUGGGAAGGCACCACAAAGAGUCUAGAGGUGGCUACUACUUGUCACAUUUUGCAGAUUGGUACUUUUUAUGUUCUGUAAGGAGUGUUAAGGACUCAGCGGUUUUGUCUCGCUUUCCGCGGAUUUUUUUUUUUUUUUCACCAUGAAUGCAUUAUGUAUGAUUGUAACACAAGCAUUUACAAUGUUCAACAUGCUAUAUGUCGCAGGGAAUGUAAACACUUGACAGGACAAAAGCAAACACUGUGGAACGCCAUCGGUAUUGUUUGAAAAUGCUUUCGCUAUGCAGAGAGUAGUCAUAACCCACUGACCCUUAGCAAAAAUGCUUUUUUAAUGCGCGGCAUUGUUUUGCUAGUGGGACCAAAAGUUCAGUCUUUUCGUCCGUCCAUCUGUGGAAGAAACAAUCUAAUAGACUGAUCCCAGAUAUAGUGCAACACAGGGCAAACUCGCGGUGUAGGUAAAGCAGACUUCCCACCUGAAGUGAGUAUGAGCAAAUCCCAGAGAUAUUGAUUCCCCCUUAAUUACUCGGAUAUUACUUUCUCGUCAGUGUGUUCAUCGUGCUGUGGUCAUCAAACAAACAUCCUGCUUUAUUCUCUGCCAUUAGAAUCGGUUGUCAAGAACAACUCAAGUGGCUUCUGGAGGACAAGAGCUUUGCCGCUGUGCACUCCUAAAAUUUUUUCUUUGACUUCUUAAUUUAGUUUAACACAGCUAUUGACACGACGUAGCACGCUCUAUGCCUGUUAGUUUUAAAUGUGAAGCAUUUCUUAGCGAACCUUUGACACUUUGAGCGUUUCUAUCUACGUAUCUAUCUAUCUAUCUAGCCGCCUGCGUCUGGGUGCUCUCAUGAUCGCCUCCUUAACUUGGUGUAGACCAAAAUUGGCAUAAGAGGGUAAGAGGAUUUGACGAAUAUGACUGUCAGGUCAUGGUAUGAAUAACGUGAAAAUCCUGUCGCGUACGUCGUCAAACCCUUUCCUCCAGACACAUGUGGCACAUACCUGUUUACCACGGGCCGCGGUGCACGGGUAUGCGCCAGAGGUGAUUGACAUUUCAUAUCUACCCAGGGGCGAUGAGAACAGACUUUGGUAAUUUAAAUGCGAAAGCGUUAAGAAAAACCGACGUUGGCAGCGUUGACCUGACAAAUGGAAAAAAUAAAAAUUACGAUCCCAACAGGAAUCGAACUCAAGCAUUCCGUGUGGCAAUCAGGUAUUUUACUACAGAGCCACGGCAGGUCUGUGGUUUGGAAAAACAGCCUAUGCAUGCAUAAUGUAGGUGCAACGUCAAUUGUGGUUGUGGUGUUGGCUAUCUAAUUUUACUAGAAAGCAAUGAACACUACACAUGUACUGCUAUGAUACAGGCGUCAUAUCAGAUUAACGUCUGUGGUUCCAGUGUUGG